GGCUGUACGUGGUGUGGCACGGGUGCAGGUGCCUGGUGCUGCUCUCUGGCUUGCUCAUCUCUGCCCGGUGCAGCCCUCCUGCCCGAUGUCCCUCGGCAGUGCACAGACCCAUCUGCAGCCUGGCACUAACCUCCAGUACACGGGUUUGGUGUGGGCUGUCCAGGGCAGCCCAGUGAGGGGCACGGGUGGGCUGGCUGCAGGGUGGGCUCCAGCCUGGGGCUGUGCACAGGCAGGCAGGGCUCGGCCUGCAGCCCUGCAGCCUGCCCAGGAGCGGUUCGGGAACCCUGCAGAUGGGCCACAGAGUCUCACCCAGCGGACAGCAGGGAAGACCGGUGCCCUGACCUGUCAUGAAACCAAGCCCUGUGCCUGGGCCAUGGAUAAAGAGCUGGCCAGGUGAUGGGACCACAUCUGGUGGCCCCACUCCACACGCAGCAUGGUUCACUCCAGCAGCUGGACUCAUUCGCAAGCAUCGGGCCAAGACAAUGUACCAGCAUUUCCUUUUCCUUUUCUUCCUCUCCUUCCUCCUCCAUAAAUGCCAAGAUCAAAUCCUGGGUGAAGAUCCAUAUGAAAUGCCCAAAGACUUUCAGGAGGUCUACAGAGGGACAAAAAAUGAUGUCAAAGAGAUCCCAAAGAUUGCAAAGCCCUUCAUUUCUGAGAUGAUCUUUGUGGAAACCAGCAUCACUGCUAUAAGGAAAGGUGCCUUCAGGUACAUGCCCAACCUGACCAAGAUUUUGUUUAUUGGCAACAAGAUCAAGACAGUUGAACCUGGAGCUUUUGACAGUUUGGAGAAGUUGAGGGAAUUGGAGAUAUCUGGUGCCUCGUUAGAAGAACUAGCUGUGGGCACUUUCCAAAACCUUCCAAGUUUGCAGAGGCUGGAACUGAGAGACAGCCACCUCACCUAUAUCCCCAAAGGCCUGUUUGAUGGGUUGGAAAAUCUGGGAGAGCUCUCCCUGCACAUCAAUGCAAUCCCUUCUCUUCCAGAAGGUAUUUUUGAUUCUCUUGUCAAUCUAACAUUUUUGGACCUGGCUAGAAAUAGGAUCACUACUCUUCCUGGGAAGGCCUUUAACAAACUCCCCCGGCUGCAAGUCCUCCGGCUGUAUGAGAAUGAGUUGCAGGAGCUCCCAGAGGGACUGUUAGACAGUCAGUCAGAGCUGCUGGAGCUCAGCCUCCAGAGGAACAGGCUCAGGACACUGCCACCCAUGCUUCUGAGGAGCCUCUCUCACCUGGAGAAACUCCUCUUGGACAACAACCUCAUCGAGGUUCUCCCUCCUUACAGCUUUUUUCAUUUAAACAAGUUGAAACUACUGACUCUGAGUUCAAACCACAUUAUGGAGCUCCCCUGCUGCCUUUUUGACACCAUGCCACACCUGUGGGAGCUGGACCUGGGCAGGAACAGUUUGGUCACGCUUCCAGAUGGCGUCUUUGUCAAUCUCACAUCUCUUGGCAAACUGAUCUUGUCCCACAACCAGCUAGCAGCCCUACUAAGUGGAGCCUUUGCUGGGCUUAGCAAGCUCUCAGACCUCCAACUGGACACAAAUCAGAUUUCUGCUCUGGAUAGUGGGGUCUUUGCUUCUCUCCCAAAUCUGAAAAUCCUCAACCUUCGGACGAAUCAGCUGGAGAGUGCCCCUCCAGGGCUCCUGGACCCCCUGAAGAAGCUCAGCUCAGUGUAUCUGAGUGGAAACCCAUGGAGAUGUGACUGCAACCUCUGCUACCUGCACAGCUGGAUCCUGGGCAACACUGAGAAGAUAAAAUUGUCCACCCAAGUGUCAUGCAAGAGUCCACCCCACCUGGCAGGGCAAACAGUGACAUCACUGAGGGAUGACAACUUAAUUUGUCCAGUUUCUCUGCCUCCUGCAGCUUCUCUUACUCCAUCUCUGCCAUUCACCUUGACACUGUCACAAGGGAUGUCAACCUUCCUGUCACCUGGAGCCAUGACAACUGCAGCGCCAACCAUGUUGUCAUUGGCAGCCUUUCCCACUAUGGUACUGCCAACCAUGCUGUCGCCUGUGGCCACCUCUGCCAUGUUGCCAGCCAUGCCAACAGAGGCCUCCAUCACCACACCAUCACCAACUGUGCUGUUCAAUAACUCCAUCCCCACCCUAUCAUCAACCAAUGUGCCCAAGACCUCCAUCACCAUCCCAUCAUCAACCAUGCUGCCCAAGAUGUCCAUCACCACCCCAUCACCAGAUGUGCUGUCUGAGACCUCUAUCACCACACCAUCAUUGACCAUGCUGUCCACAAUCUCCAUCACUUCACCAUCAUCAACCAUGCUGCUAAAAUUCUCCAUCAACACCUCAUCACCAAUUGUGCUGCCUGAGGCCUCCAUCACUACCCCAUCACCAGCUGGGCUCCCAAAGGCCUCCAUUGGCACCCCAUCACCAACCAUGCUGCCCAAGACCUCGAGCAACACACAAUUAACAACCGUGCCACAGGAAGCCUCCAGCCUGUGUCUGACUCCAGCCAUCAUAAGCCUACAGCCCCCUGGGACCACCAGCCCAGAGCCUGCACUGUCCACUCUUGCUUCUGCCACCACAGUGGUGCCAACCAGUCCACUGGCAGCCACCACCAGACCAGAGCCUCCUGCUGUUCUGGUGCCCACAGAGAGGCCAGCCACCAUGCCAUGGGGGACACCCAGCAUCUCCCUUGUCUCAGUUCCCCCCUCAGCACUCUGGCCACACCCCAGGGCUGCUGUGCCAGUCACGGUCCCACUGGCCUCACAAUCCCCAUCCCAUCAUGGUCCUGUGCCAGGCAGGGAGCAGGACCACGCCCCGGCAUGGAGCUUGUCCACAGCAGGCACCCAGCCUGCUCCCACUGCCCCCCAACGUUCUCCCACCCCUGCAGGCACCAUCCUGCUCCUGACAACCCCUGUCCCCUCGCUGCCAGACCCUCCCAGCCCCCAGCCAGCCGCCCCAGCCCCCAGUGCCCAUCACGCCCGGGGCUUUGCCCUGCAGCCCGGCCAGCAGCACUGCCGGGUCUCACUGGGCCUGGGCCUGGCUGUGCUGGUGCUGCAGGGCGGCUGCACCCUGCUCUGGGGGAUGCUUGCCUUUCUCCUUCACCAAACCACCCACCGCCGGGGCCACCUCACGCCUCCAGUGAGGCUGCUGAGCCUCCAAGCCCUGGCUGCCCCGGCACCCCUCGAGCAAGCCCCGGCAGCGCUUUGAGCUUUGCUGCCCUGCAUCACCCUUGGGGUCUGGAGCCGCGCUGGCGGCAGGGUGCCUGUUUGGGGGUGCAGCCCCCCAGGGUGGUGUCCCAGCACCCAGGCUGUUCGGGGCUGCCUCCCGGCUGGCCCUUGGAGAUGCUGUGAGCUCGGGGAGCCUGUGGACGCUGCUACCGCCUGACGAGCCCUCCUGCCAAGCGACACUAGAUGGCAUCCCGACACCGGCAGCGCCUGCCCUGAAGGCACCGCAGCGGAAUGCUGGAGACCCUGCGGCCGGGCGGCUGGGGACCUCGCUGGACUUCGGGCACGGCCCAUUCUUGCUUGCAGGGUCUGAUCGAGUCUCCUGCCUGCAUCUCCUCUCCAUAUUCUGCAAGGUCCCCAGGUUUCUUGCCCCGUGCCUCGGCUCUUCCCUACGUCGCCUUACGGGACUUGCUAGUGCCGGUAUGUCUGUCAGAAAUCUGAGCUCUUCCCCUCUCUCUGUCCCCCUUUCCUCCUCACGGGUAUUAAAGCCUUCCCUACAUCUCUGCCGUGCACCGAAGGGCUGGUGAUAGGAGUGUUUUCAUCCCAGAGUUUUUCUCAC